CUCUAAUCUAACCAUUGCGAUGAAACAACUUCAUAGAUUGCGAUAAAGCUGAAUAUAUAUAUUGUGUAAUGAAUGACUCAAAAUGACUCUCCUUUCAAACCUCUGAAGCCGGCCAGCAACAACAAGAAGACGAACAAAAACACCUCUCUAUCUCUCAGUCCUCUCUGCUCCUCUGUUUCAAUCCAAUCUUCGAUUCAAUACCCCCAUAUUUGACUUUUUCAGGGGUAAAUCAGGGAACAUCUAUCGUCCACCGACCAAAAUUCUAUCCUUUUUUCCGAUUCUUUGAAGGGGGGUCGAUCUGAUUUUGAGUUCAAUUGCGUUUGUUUGAUCUAUAAUUUGGUGGGUUGUUGUGAAAGAUCGGUUUUGAUUUCUGGGUUCUAUCCAAAUGGUCUGUUUCCAUAGCUCUGUUCCGGUUGAUCAACAGAUGGGUAUGGCUAAAUCUGUGAAUUCAACCGACCCUUGUUCGAAAUUGAGGAAUAAGAAGAUACCCAAUUCGCCGAAUCAAUCGAGUAUCCCAGCUUGCCAACAAUCUCGAUCGGCUGCGAUCGAUGUGUUGAUCUUGAUCGCAGUGAUUGGUGCUUUGGGGUUUCUAAUAUUCCCCUCUAUAAAGCUUUUAAUAUUUAAUAGUGUUGAAAUUGUUGAAACAAUGGUUUAUGUGGUGAGAGAGGAGGUUUCAGAGGAUCCAAUUAUUUAUGGGUGUUUAGGACUCAGCAUUUUAUGUGCAGUGAUGGCUGUUUUGGCAAUUGCAGUGUGCAUGAGUAGGAAAUGUGGUAAGCCCAAUUGUCGUGGGCUACGUAAGGCGGCAGAAUUCGAUAUCCAGCUUGAGACAGAGGAGUGUGUGAAGAAUUCGACUAGUAUGUCAAAAGAUGGAGUAAAGAAAGGCUUAUUUGAAUUGCCACGCGAUCACCAUCGAGAAUUGGAAGCUGAGCUUAAGAAGAUGGCACCCCCUAAUGGAAGAGCUGUUCUCGUGUUUCGAUCAAGGUGUGGUUGCUCUGUCGGAAAAAUGGAAGUUCCGGGACCAAAGAAGACUCGAAAGGUUAAGAAAUAGUGUCCAUCUUCUUGUUACUUUUCAUAUGAAGCAUAUUCGAAUCAGGACUAGAUAUAAUGCACAGAGAGGAAUGCCUUUUCGGAUCAAUCUUCUUUGAACUAUAUAUUAUUGUCUUUAAAUAAGCUCAUGGGAAUAAAUUGUAAGGAUUAUUAAUAUAUAUGUUGGCUGCUAGAAAUAUAAGAAUCAUUCCUUUCACAAACAA